AUUUGUCGUUUCCCCCAAAUUUCCUUAUCAAAACAUCCCAAAAAAAAAGUGUUUGUGUUUUUAUUUUUGUCCCAUAGAAUGACCAUAAGAAGAUAAGAGCUUUAUUAUCGUUUUAUUAAGUAAUUAUUUACAAAAAAGUUAUUACUGCCGAGAUGUCCGUAGCGGGUGCGUUUUCCCUGGCAUUAUUAUCAAAAAUGGUCUUUUCUUUGUGGACUUUCCUUUGAUGUACAGAAAAUUUCCAUAUUGUUAUCCAUAUUUUACAUAUACAAUUAAAAUUAUUUUUCUAGUAUUCUGAACUUUUAGCAAAAUGUUUGUGAAACCCGAAGAAGUUCUUAUCGCUAAUGCAUUCUGGGAGACUGAGGAAACUUCCUUAUAUUUUGUCUUGCAACACAGGAAAGGACAUGGGUUAGUUAAAGGAUUUUCUUCACUUUUGGUCGGUACCAUAGACAGUAUUUUAGAUACUAAACCACCUCCCUAUAGGAUUUUACAUCAGACACCCAAUUCUGAGGUUUACUUGUUGGUGGCUUGUGCGAUGACGAAACAUGAAAUCCUUAAAGAUUGGGAAUGGCUAUUCUCCAAUGUAUGUGCAACUUUGCAUUCUUUCGAGAGUGAAGAUGAUAUUACCGAUUUUGUGAAUUGCAAAAUUGAAUCAGUAAUUGCAGCAUGCCAAGAGGUGGAAAUAGAAGAUGAGGAUUCAAAAUCAUUCAAAUUAACUUCAGAAAAAUUCCAGAGGCUAUUUGGCUUACCAAAGGAUGAAAAAUUAGUGAAUUAUUAUUCCUGUAGUUACUGGAAGGGAAGAUUGCCAAGGCAAGGCUGGAUGUAUCUAUCUAUAAAUUAUUGCUGUUUUCAUGCAUUUAUUUUGGGUAUGGAUACCAAAGUGUGUAUAAGGUGGUCAGAAGUUACCGAAUUAAGCAAGAAGAACAGCUUAGUUUUUCCAGAUGCGAUAAAAAUAGCUACAAGGGAAAAGGAGUAUUACUUUAGUAUGUUUCUAACUAAAAAUGAAACAUACAGUCUUAUGGAACAAUUGGUGGACUUAGCGGUCAAAAGGUUAAUAGAUGAUAAAAAAGGUUUUAGAGAAGAUAAGGAACUUUUGAAUAAAUUGAGUAAGAAUGUUCCUAAAAAAGCGUCUUUUCUUAAACGUGAUCUAGAUGCUAGGGCACAGUCUGAAGCAUACAGAAUGAUGUUUAGGCUACCAUCAAGUGAAAAACUGGAUGGUUCCAUCGAUUGUACGUUGAUGACCCCUUACAAUAGGAAACAUGUUGCUGGUAGAUUAUUCUUGUCCCAAAAUUAUAUAUGUUUUGAAAGUAGGGUAAAAGCACAAGUAAGUGUGGUUAUUCCUUUGAGAGAUGUGAUAGUUGCUGAAAAAAUAGAAACAAAUUCAUCAAAUCAGGCUUUGGAUAAGGCUAUUAUAGUUACUACAGGAAAUUCUUUGAGUAGGACCAACUUUAUUUUUGCACAAAUUUUGGAUCGUGACUUUGUUGUCGAAAAACUGUCGGAGCUAUUGGCCAGAACUCAGGAAUUGCAAGUGUUUAAAUCUGACAAAUCAGAAGCGAGACUUGUAAGCGAUGACGAAAUAUGGAAACCCCAAAAAUCUCUUAUGGGGAUGUUUCCUUUAAGCCCUAUUCCAGAAGUAAAUAGAAGGCAGCAGCAGAAAGCGAAAGAAUGGGAGGAACAUUUCAAUACCUAUGGUAGAGGCGUCUCUAUGUACAGAACCACCGAAGUAGCAAAAUUGGUAUUGGAGGGUAUUCCUGAUCAUCUCAGAAUGGAAAUAUGGAUGUCGUUUUCAGGGGCUUUAAAUGUCAAGGCCUCACAUCCUGGUUAUUAUCGUUCUCUAGUAGAUAGAGCGCUGAGACAGCAAUCAACAGCGAAUGACGAAAUAGAAAGAGACUUACAUAGAUCUCUCCCAGAACAUCCAGCAUUUCAAAAUGAAAUUGGGAUAGAUGCCUUAAGAAGAGUUUUAUGUGCUUAUGCACUCCAUAACCCCAGCAUUGGAUAUUGUCAGGCUAUGAAUAUAGUUGCAUCGGUAGUUCUCAUAUAUUGCAAUGAAGAAGAAGCGUUUUGGUUAUUGGCCACAUUAUGUGAGAAUUUGUUGCCAGAUUAUUAUAACCAGAGAGUAGUUGGGGCUGUUGUAGACCAAGGCAUUUUAGAUGAGUUAACUUUAGAAUAUUUGCCUAGUUUACAUGAUAAAUUACUCCAAUUAGGCAUGAUGAAUAUGAUUUCAUUAUCAUGGUUCCUAACUAUAUUCCUUUGUGUGAUGCCUUAUGAAUCUGCUGUUAACGUUAUGGACUGUUUUUUCUAUGAUGGUGCUAAAGUAAUUUUUCAAGUCGCCCUGAUGUUGUUGGACUGGAAUCAAGCGAAGUUGCAACAAUGUAAAGAUGAAGGUGAAGCCAUGCAACUUCUGUCAGAGUUUUUAAUGGGCAUCUUCAACGAUCAAGGGCGAGGUGCUAUUAGGAAUAAGAGUUAUGAUGAACAGAAACGGACAGUUUCGAUACAAGUCUUAGUAUAUGAAGCGUAUAGAAAAUAUGGAUUUUUAACGACAGGUCAAAUAGAGAGAUUAAGGCUGAAGCAUCGAUUACGAGUCGUGCAAGAUCUUGAGGAUACUUGCGAAAGAAACGUUUUGAGAUGCGUCUUGGGUGAUGGUUAUUUCACCAAAUCAGAGCUACAAGAUUUAUUGGGUCUAGUUAGGGAAGAGAUUAUAUGUCAAAAGAAACACAUUCCGGAUAAACAUGAUCCCACCUUGCAACCUUAUGAAGCAUACAAAGUGGAUUUUGAUUAUUUCAAGAUUUUAUUUGCCGCUUUGUCGCCCUGGGGUAAAGGAGAAACCGCUGAGUCAUUAGCUGCUAGAAUAUUUAACCUUAUGGACUGUAAUUGUGAUGGGUACCUAAAUUUCCGUGAAUUAGCUGCCGCCUUGGGCCUCACCUCUACAGCAGAGGCCUCUCAAAGACUGAAACUUCUGUACACCAUACAUCUGCCUCCUUUACUGAACAUGUCUGACAUCGAAUCGCCUGUUAAGCACGAAUCAGGAGCAGAAAUAGCGUCAGAAGCUACCGACUUUUUCAACAGCGUAGAGAAGAGCAUGGAUCAUUUGGGAAUGUUGGAUGAUCUUUCACCAGUCACACCUCAGAGCAGUAGUGGGUUCCAAUGGCAAAAAAGGACCAAUUCUCAGUCAUCGAUGGAAAAUUCUAUCAGCAGUCAAACGAGCAAUGCGGAUAUAGCCAAAGAUUGGGAGAGUAAAAGUUUGAUGCAUCUACGAAACCUUGUGCAGUCGAAAGACAGCAAAUUUAAUCUGAAAACCGUCCCGAAAAUGUCUCAACCCCAUUUUAUAACGCUGUGGAAAAAUGUCUACGAUAUUUUCCAAACUGAACCUGAGGAUUUGGAAACCUACCACGCGAUAGCUGAUGUAGGAACACUGCUACUAGAACUAGGAGACGUGGGCAAACAAUUUUUUGUUAAUAGAGAUGAAAGUGAGGAUAGUUUAGCCUCAGCAGCAGCUGCUGCUUGUGUAACGUCAUCUGUCCCAGAUGGGGAAGAGACUCCAGACAAAAACGGCAAUCCUUCUACGCCAAAAACAGAAAUCCAAUGGUACAUCACAGUUCAACAGUUCCUGGCUUCGAUUCUGAACGCUCAACCUCUAGUCGACUUGUUCUCUAAACGUCCUUCAUUGAGCGAGAACAUUAGGCUUUUGAAAGGUCGCAAAAUUAAUCGUUACAGUUCUUUUGUUGAAAUACCUGCUACUGUUCAAAUUUAAAUUUUCUAAUUAAUAUAUUGGGUAAAAACACCCAAUAAAAUUGUCAUUUCAAGUAAUGUUAUAUUUUAUUCUUGUUUCAAAUAAUAAAAAAAAAACUAAAAAAUAAUUUGUGCGAAAUCUUUCUGUUUAAUUAUUUACACUGGUUGAAUUUCUUAGGAAGGCACUUCUCAUUUUUUAAAUUAUUGGCACUGCAGUUAAUUUAUAAUUGGCACGAGUUUAAUUUGUUAGCACCUUGGAAAUUAUUGCCCUCAUCAUUCAAAAGAACUGAACAAUAAUUGGUUGAUCCAGGAAGUUUUUUUUUUUCUCAAAGAUAAAUAGAAAUAAGUCUCUAGUCAGUCAGCUAUCCAUAUAAAAUAUCAAAAAUUACAUAUUCAAAUAAAAAUAAAUGCUUGUAUGUUCAUGUGCAAAAUACUUUAUUACUGCAGUGCAACAUGCCCCUUUCUAAAUUAUUUCAUUAUAAUUAUCUAUAGAGAUUCAAUGGCAAGAGAAGAAAGGUAAGCUCAGUGAAGUACAUAUAAACAAUUAUAAUAUUAUUUCUCGCCUUUUAUUUCAUCAUUAAAAUUAUGUAAAUAUGUAAAGUUCUUGCACACCCAAUUGAAAAAAUAUUAGGCUGUAACAGGUGACGGGCUGGCAAAUUGAUUGGAAGAAAUAUUCAUGCUAUUUCUUGAAUUGAAAUUACAAAAAAAAAAAAUAAUGAAAACUGAAGCAGCAAACAAAAAACUUGAGCAAAAUUAAAAUUAAAAGCAUCACCAAAUGAUUUGGCCUCGAGCAACCUGACUGCACAGUGCAGUGAUUCUUCGUAAAUUCCGAAAUAAAAUGCUCAGAUUAUCUAUCUCACAGAUGGCCAGUCAUUUCUGAAAGUUACUUGCUUUGAGUGAUCCAUAUUAUCCAUUUGAUCAGCAAGAGUUUUUCUAUAGUCAAAUAAAUAAACCUGGUCUCUAAUUAAGCUGUUAUUAGUCGAAUUGGGUUUGCAAGAACUUUAAAACUUAGGGUUUUUUCUAUGAAGACGAUAAAAAUAUAAUUCAGUCUAGAGAAAAACGUUUAUUGGGCAAGAUGUUUUGACAACAAAAAAUAUAUUUUUGUAAUGAUAAAGAUAAACAUUGUGCAAUAUUAGCCUGAUUAUUAAUUAAUUGAGAUUAAGUUUUUAUGUUAGUAUGAUGAAAAAAUCAUUUCAAGGAGUUUGUUAAUAUAUUGGACUUGGAUUUUGAUUGAAUUCUCUCAUUGUUGAGAUUUGCGAGUUUGAGAGGUAAAUUUUGCAAAAUAUAUUGGUGUGGUGAAUAUGUCUGGGUAAUACCAAAGAUUAGGAUAUAGUAAUCCAUUAAUAAUUUAUAUAAUUUUCUAGUCGUUUAGGACACAAUAUUUACUUGGUGCUCUAUAUGUCUUGUAACAAAAAUCAGAAACGAUUGGUAUAGACAAUAAUAACAUGAUAUCUCGAUAUUAGCCCCUUGGCAAACCAAAUAAAACAGCCCCAUCUUGCUUGCUCAGCUCAUGCGUUGAAUGAAUCUAGGAGACACAGCUCAGCUCUUUGAUGCUGAUUUGUCUCCAAAUAAAAAUGUUUCCCGGAAGCAACAUGAUGCAGUUUUAUGAAAAAAAUAAGUGGGCGAAUUGGGUAUAAUUUAUAUAUCUGAUCAAUGGACUGUUUCACUAGAAUUUAACUACGUAAUUUAAGUGUAAAAUCCUUAAGCCAGGGACUAUUUUAGGCAUAUAUACCAAAAAAAAAAAAGAUCUACAAUGUUAAAUAAGUUCUUUCCAGGCACUUCAAAACUGGCCAAAUUCAAAACGAUUAAAACGCGUCAACUGAUGACGCCAUACGAACAAUUUUCGUUUGCGAGCAGCUGACCGGCUCGGCUGUGUUGCUGUCUAAUAAAAGGUUCGAAUGCGCUGUUGUCGGUUGUGACUAAAUAUAGUCCGACGUAAAAAAAAAAAAAAAGAUAAAUAUAAAAAAUAAAUUUAAAUUGUGUUAAAGCAUAAUUAAAAAAAAAAAAAAAAUAUUAAAUCUUGAAUCCAUAAUUAAUUAAUUUAACUAUUUUUCAUGGUAUUUUGCCAACAUUUUUUAUCUAUUACAAAUUUUGCUUUAUCCAAUUAUGCCAAUUUCAAAAAUUAGUGAAACAGCCCAUUAUAAUAAACUUCCAACUGCUUGGAAGAAACUACUUCGAUCCCAACAUUGAAGGACUCGUGAUCACAAUAUGGAGAAGUGAGUAGUGACCUGAAAUUUUGAUUAUAUGAUUAGAAUAAUAGCAUGGUAAAUGUGGAUUUACCAUUGAUAGUCUUGAGAACCGACAAAGUAUUCGAUUUUCUCGUAGAAUGUGGUUUAACUCAUCAUCCAAUACAGGAAUUUCAAAAACGGGGUAACAGUUCGAUUAAACCGUCGGUCAUUAAAACCAUUGAAUUGACUGUAGACGGGCUUCCUUGGAAGAAUUUGGACGUUGGGACCUCAAGCUUACGGAUAAAUUCCAGGGUAGCCUGCCAAAUCUUUUAUUGAGGAAAAUCUUACCAUAUUUCAUCAAUACAUAAUCAUUAUAUUUCUGGUACAAGACACGGUGAAUUUAUUUAACGACUUCUCAAUAAAUUAUAAACUCAAAUAUGUAAUAUUUGCACACCAAAUUUUGCAACAAUCUACAGGCAUCAAAAUCCCUGCGAGGAAAUUAGUUUAUUCAUCAUAUUCCUUCAUUUUUAAAUAUGUUAUUUUAAGAAAUGAUUUUUGUACCAUUCCAAUUCUAAUAUUAGUUAAUUGUUUGAAUAAAUAUAUUGAAUAAAGAAAAUAUUGUUGCCAUUUUAAGAUGAUUUUUAACAUAACUUGAAUUAAGCUUUGAAAUAUACUUAUUUAUGUUAGAAAACUUUUUGUUUCAAUUAAUUACUUACCAAAAACCUAGAAACUAUCCUUAAAAUAAUACAAAAAAUUUAUUUAAAUUAUUACUAAAUUUAAUUUCAAAAAAAAAACUUUUAAAAUUAAAAAAAUAAAUAGUUCAAGAGGACAUACAUAUACAAACAGUAAAAUUGAUAAAACUAUAUACAAGGUGUAUAAAUAUAGACUAAUAAAAAAAAUUGGCAGCAAUCAACAACAAUUAUUCAGCUUCAAUUAUUGCUAAAAUAAAAUAUUAAAAAUAGCACUUAAAAUUACAAAAAUAAAUAUUCUCAAGACAUAUAAUAUGUACAUUUCAAAAUAAGAGGAGUGAAAUUGUAAAAAUAAAGAGAAUGUGUAUAAAUAUAUCUUUUUUUAAAUUAUUUGAGCAAUUACAAAACAAUUUUUACAACCCUCAUAAUAACAUAAAAUACAGUGUCUUGUUUUGUACAAGGUCUGUUCCUUAAAAAGAAACAAGCCCUGUACAAUCAAAUAAUUUUUAUGUAUUGUUUCAAGAUAAAAUAGGUUCAAUAUCUAUGUAGCAAAUUUAUUUGAACUGCAUAUUGGUAAAUUAAAUAUUGAAAAAAUAGCUCCUUUAAAAUUACAAAAAUAAAUACCUAGAAAAAAAAAUCCCUACACAAAAAGUAAAAACAGUAAAAUUCAUAAAAUUAUAUACCUACAGUGUGUAUUGUGUAUUGAAUACAUAUAAGUACCUAAUAAAAAAAUUGGCAGCAAUUAAAAAUAUAACGAUUAUUACGCUUAGGUAAAUUAUCGCUAAAAUAUCUAUUGAAAAUAUCAAUUAAAAUUACAAAAAUAAAUAAUUUAAAAAAAAAGACAAACAUUUUAAAAUGAAGAGAGUAAAAUUGUAAAAAUAUACAUACCUAUAUGAAUAAUGUGUAUAAAUAUAAAAUAUUUUUUGCAGAAAAUUAUGUGAGCAAUUACAAAACAAUUGGGUCCAAUUAACUUUUAACUGCCAUAAUACCAUAAAAUAUCAUUUGGUUUAAUAAUUAUUAUAUCAAUUAAUUUGUAUUUAUUGUUUCAAGAUAAAAUAGCUUAUAAUAUUAUCUAUAUGAAGCAAAUAUAAAAUAGUGUGACAAACUACAGUUGAAACUCAAAAAAACUAUAAGACAAUUAUUAAGAGAGAGACUCUUAAGAGUUCGUUAGUUACUUUCCAUUUCAUAGUCAAACAAUGAUAAUAAUUAUAGAUGCUGUUUCCCUGUUUAUAAAUAUUUUACCAAUUUCAAGGGAGACACAUCACCUGGUUUUGAAUAUCAACAGAAUCGCUGUUAUGCCAGAAUAUGAUAUUUAAUUAACUAGUCGUAACAAAAUAAUCGUUUUUAAAUAUAAUAAUUAGGUGAGACUGAUUUAGCCUAUAGAUACUUGAUGGAAACCUAUUACAAAUUUUGGAGGGAAACAAGAAAGUUUCUAAUUUUUUAUUUUUUUUUUUGAUGCUGACAUCCAAUAAAAUAGUUGAAAUCUAAAAACUUUCAAUUUCCUUUGAAAAAUUCAUAAUUUGGCAUAAGAAUUUGCUUAUAACUGAACAUUUGACCAAAAAAUUUUUAUGAAAAAAGCCCUCUAUAUCAAAAAUGAAUAGAACGUAACAAAAGAAAACUGAAGGGAAUGACCUGAAAAAUUAUUGUAUGUAUAAUUGAAUUAGGAGUUACCUAUAAUGUAAAACAGGUUCAGUGUCACUAACCUUACUUAAACUCGAUAAACCAGGAUAAAAAAUAAAAUAUAUAGUUUAAAGUUAUUAGAAGGACUCCUGAACUUUUAACGGUCAGUGUAAUUUGAAAAAGCUCAGCUCAACCUCAGUGUUGAUCGGACAACUCCAAAGCUAUUUCGAUAUUGAAAUAUUUACAAGGCUCAAAUGAUGAGUAUGCAGGCUAUAGUUACAAAACUUAUGUUAAACAAUACAACACCACCUCUACUCCUGUUUUCUUAUUGAUGGUUAACCCAGGGAAAGGAUAUUUGGUGCUUUUAUGUUCGAAUUUUACGUUAUUUUGACAGUUACAACACUGACACGCGUGAGAUAUAUGUAAUAUUAAAUGUCCUUUGUGAUAAAUGGUUCAUUUUAGAUCUGUUGCAAGUGACCCAAUAGCACAAACUUACAAUAUCAGUGGUUAAAGUAAUUUCAUGAGUUCACUUAGAAAUAUGCAUCUAAAAAAUAAAUAAAAAUAAUAACAAUAGAAAAUUAUGCUUAACUAAGCUUCCACAUUUGCUUGUUUACUUUUGUCUGCCCUAUCUUUGAAAAAACCUUUUUCCGUCUUACAUUCCCUAAUUGUGACACUUUUUGAAUUGACACUUACAUCAGUGAUAAAUACUUGAUUUGCCACUGGAUUCCUUGCCAACCAAUACUCAGAACCAGGACUGGUGAAUUCUUCAUACUCAUUUUCGUCAUUGUAGGUAUUCCGAGAUUGUUUAGGUUGCUUCUUUUCUGGUUUAAUCUGAAAGUUGGUCAUAUUAUGUAUGUUUUAUUAAGAGGCUAAUAUCAGCAGACAACUAGAUGGCGCCAUAUCCAUUUACGACUAGAAAUAUGAAAUUUGUGUAAAGCUCUAACCUCCAUUUUUUCUGGUCGUUUUUCGGUCUCAGCGGGAGAAGCUGCCUCUUCUGUUGAUACGUGUGGCAAUGCAGCAUCUGUGAUUGUCUUGUUAUCUGACGAUUGUGUUUUCUCCUAAAGGAAAAAUUAUAAUGAAAGCUCAAAAUAUCUGUUCGGGUUGAACUGGUUAAAAGUUAAUUUUUUUCACAGAAACAAGUGUUGAACAUGAUAAAUUUCUUCUACAAUUGUUAGAAAGAUUUUUUUUCAGGUAAUGACCAACGUGAAUACAGGAACACAACGCUCCCUGUUUGGGAAUCGACCCACUGAGCAGUGCAGACUUCCCGUGCCAAUCCUUGACGCGUUUCGUCCUUGUUAGGACUCAUCAGAAGGACAUAGGCUGAAGCUCCCUGUCCAAGCAAAAUUGAACUUCGUUGACC